CCGCGAGCGCCACUACCACCGUACCAUUCCGUCCGCAGAGGAGAGCCCUCCCCUCCACCGGCUUCCCCGCCCCUCCUCCCAGCGAUCGCGCCUCCUUCCGGGCGUCCCAGCCUUGGUCCGGUCGCCGGGUGCGGCGCUGGUCCUGGUUUGGGCUCUCCCAUGGCAUCUCUGGAGCAGGAGGUGGUGGUCGCCAUGGCAUCUCUGGAGCAGGAGGCGGUGGUCGCCGCGGCCGUCGUGGAGAACGUGACGCCGCAGCAGCAGGGCGGAGGUUGUGGCGGCGCAGGAGGAGGAGGGGAUACCGUUAGCGCCUGGAGGAACGUCGACAUUGCCUGGCUCAAGGCGAAGGAAGCUUCAAUAAGAAGAUAUGAGGCAGCCAACUGGUUGCGAAGGUAUGUUGGGGUAGUGUGUGCGAAGGACCUUGCAGAAGAGCCUUCCGAGGACGAAUUCCUUGUUGGCCUGAGAAAUGGCAUUAUUCUCUGCACUGCACUCAAUAAGAUUCAACCUGGUGCGGUACCUAAGGUUGUGGAGGUGCCAUCGGAUUCUACUGCCCCUGCCGAUGCUACAGCUCUCUGUGCAUUUCAGUACUUUGAGAAUGUGAGAAAUUUCCUUACUGGCCUGCAAGGUUUAGGUCUUCCAACAUUUGAGGCAUCAGACCUACAAAAGGGUGGACAAGGUGUUCGAGUUGUAGACUGUGUUCUCGCUCUGAAGUCAUUUUGUGAUGCUAAGCAAGUGGGAAAACAAUCUUCAUUCAAAUUUGGUGGCAUUGUAAAGCCUUUGUCGGGAAAGUAUGCCACUCGCAAGAAUAAUGAACCUUCUGUGAAGGCGAUGAUAAGGAGUCACUCAGCUGAAUUACUUCGGGAUGGCGUAUCACUGGAGCAAAUAGGUCUUGAUUUUUCUCCAGAACUCACUGAAACAACUGCUCCAGAUUCCAUCCGGAUGCUUGUUCAAACAGUUCUCUCAGAUAAGAAACCAGAAGAAAUUCAAUCAGUUGUAGAAUCACUCUUGAGCAAAGUAAUUAAUGAACUUGAGCACCGUAUUGCAAGCCAGAGUGAAUUGGUGAAAGAAACUAUGGAUACCAACGGCUGUAACUCAGUUUUGAGAAUGGAGUCUCCCUGUAACACCAAUGACAGUAAAUCAUUAUCCAGAGUGGACCCUCCACAAGUGGAGUUGACUUCCUGCAGUGAUCUGGAGAAGGUGAAAGAAACUAUGGAUACCAAUGGCUGUAACUCAGUUUUGAGAAUGGAGUCUCCCUGUAACACCAAUGACAGUAAAUCAUUAUCCAGAGUGGACCCUCCACAAGUGGAGUUGACUUCCUGCAGUGAUCUGGAGAAGGCCACUGAAAAUAUUAAGAUGGACGAAGUUGAUGAGAAUGCGUUGAGUCUGACAGAAGAUGUAAGCACAUUAGUACAUGCACCACUAAGCAAUGAUAAUGUAAAUAAAAAUAUGCCAAAGCCAGUGAGAAAUUUUGAUCGAGAGGAGAAACAGAUCCAGGAUUUGAAAAGUAACAUGUCCACAGUUAAGUGUUGCAUGGAGCAGUUAAAACUGCUGUACUCUGAAGACCUUAAAAAGCUUGGUAAUCAGUUGCGUAUUGUUUCUCAUGCGGCUUCUGGAUAUCGUAAGUUUGUUCAGGAAAACCGCAAGCUUUACAACCAAAUACAAGACCUUACAGCCAAGUCAAACGAGGAAGGAGGUGAAGGAGGAGAAGAAGUUAGAGAGCUCAAAGAACAGAUUGCUUGCCUCAGGGCAGCAUUAGCUAGGAAAGAUGGAGGUCAAGAGAGCAUUCGAAGCACUCAAUCAAGCCCAGACAUAUAUAGAAUGAGAACGGGCAAUGGAUUACCUGCGUUGAGGCACCCAAUAGUAGAUGGAAGUAUAGAGAACGACUCGGCAUUGGGAGAUUUCGCUGAGCACUCGCCAUUCGGGAGCAGCAAUUCGCUGCCAGAGUUGGGACCAGAUGGCACACAAGAUCUAGCCUUCUACCAAAGAAGCAGCCCUGAACAGCAAUGGAGCUGGUCCGGGUCUGUUGCAACAGAGGAUUCCGAUGACUUCGAGGUUGCAACGAAUUGCUCGUCAGAUCUGGAUUGCGUGAGACCAUCUAGUGCCCCAAAAGCUUCUGGUUUAACAAACGGAGGGGGCUCAGCUGCAAGAAAGUCCCAACUGAAGGGUGCAAAAAGUUCAGACAUCAGAGGAGGGAAUCCUGCAAAAAAGUCAUCGCCCUUACAGAAAAAGCUGAGUGCUCCCUCACCAACGGUAACUAAGAAGAGCGGAACUGAAGGAAAGAAAACUCCAAAUGGAAAAACAGGAGCCAAGAAGUAAGCAACUCAGUUGAAACUUCGUUUUGUUGGGACCAACUUCACCAUGGCCGGGGACAGAUAAACAUGUUGAUCCUAUCUACUGGGUGAUACAUUGGUGUUUUGACACACGGAUAUGUCAGUCCUAUUGGUUGAGAGAGCAUGCUG